AUGUCUCAGAGUAGUUCAACAUGCAUCGACGGCAGUAUCUUCGUGCGGGUUAUAGGUAAGUAAGUUAUAAGUAGGAUGCGUCGUUUAGUCUGAACAACAAAAUUACAUGGAUAUGAGGCGCAUUGCGCAGUUGCUUGCAAAAACGCAAAGAAUUUGAAUGGUAAUAUUUUAGUGAACCUUUGUGAGUAGAAGCCAUUAAAUUACUCCAAUGUGCGUCGUUUGCGCUUAGACCUGAUCUUACGCAAACAGUAGUCAUGCCACACUGUCUGCGUCUGUAAACACAAAUUUUCCCCAGUUUAUCUCGAGUAUGUAGCCAUAAUAUUUAAAUAUUGGUUGCUGUAACAAUGCAGGAUGGCACAAGGAACUAUAGAACAUUUGCUACGGAGAGGUCGCACUUGCGUAUAUGCCUUCUAGGCCUAAAUUAAGUAAAUUGACUCAAAAUGUCCACAGAAAUUCCAAAAUGCGUCUCCGUUUUGAGAAGAUUAAUUAAGUAGUGUUGUAAAAUAAAUUAUAUUGAAGCGCAAUUCCAUAAUAAUGCAGUUACCUUAGUUCGUCGGCUUUCGAAGAAAACUUCUUUUAGCUGCAUUUAAGGACCAUACUUCGUAAAAAUGACCAAUUAUGCAGUAUGAAUUUUCCUUAUCGAUUUUUGAUGUCCUUUAAGAUUCAAUAAUAUUUCAUGAAAGAAAUGAAUUAACGUAUUCAUUAUUUUGUUUAUUCAUUAGAAAAUAAGGUCUUCUUUCAAUUGUAUAUUCGACGUAAGGGUUUAAUUCGACUUUAAAUAAGUUUCCUCGUUGUGAGAUUUUUCAAUACCGUGAAGUGGCGUUUAGUAAAACGUCAUGUAUCUGCUCAUACCAAUGUGGCUCAAAUCAACUGCUUCAUUUUAUGAACCCCAUGUAGUUUCCUCUUAAUACAGUACGGAAAUGUAUGGUUUUUCGUAUGCGAAAAUUAUACGGCUUGUAGUUGGAUAACCCUGAAUGCAAGCGUAACGGCAGGUCGAGUUCGAAAUUAUUCGGGAAUUGAAAACGUUUAAUAAAACCGAAUUAUACCCUUUCUUUGAGUAGACAAUUGAAAAAGACGUUAUGUUCCACUGAAUAAGCAAGAGAAUGAACAUUUUUAUGGAUGUUUUCCAUGAAAUACAGUUGAAUCUCAAAGCCCGUCGAAUAUCAAUGAAAAAAUGCAUGCUAAAUACAUAGUGAUUUUUAGGGAGUAUGGCUUUUUGGAUGCAGUCUGAAAGAGGUUUAGUCGAAAGCCGUUGUCCGAGGGUAACUGAAUUGUUAUCGACUUAUGCUGCAUGAUGAUUGGUAUUACAACCCUAUUGAAUCAAUCUUUUCGUAACAGAAACGCAUUUUGGAAUUUCUGUUAACAUUUCAUGGCUUAGUCUAUUUACUGUCUAUAUAGCGCAAAUUAUGUUCAUCAAUUUUACCUACCUCCUUCAUUGUGAUUUAACUGGAACCGUCCGCUGUGGUUUGAUUUAAUAUAUUUUGCAUUUGUUGGGUCACCUUUUGAUUACAUUAGUCGCUAACGAAUGCUAACAGUUACAUGUAGAGGCGUAUAAACGAGUAUAAAAGUAUAAAACUAGUGUUUGAUGGGAAUUUGUCCGCGCCAAAAGCCUGAUUUAGAAAUGCGUUUUGUUUCAUCCACAGCGCAUGCAACUCAUUUGAGCGCGUUAUAUCAUUUUAACAUGAUAUGUUUUUGCGGGCAACAUAUAGAAUAUUAUCAAUAGUACACUAUGUUCAGGGCAUUAUAAAUCGCAAACCACUUUUACUUGAGUAAGAUGCGACCGAGUUUGGCGGAAAUGCAGUCAUCGUCUGAACAAACCCAUAACAAAAAUUUGCGUUUGUUAAUACGAUGAGACUACAGACGUUCUCCCCACAACACCGCUGACCCAUGAAGAAACGCGCGGGUAAAAGUGGCGAGAGUCUACCAUGGUGGAAUAUAAAAGAGCACAUUCGAGAGGGUUCAACUAGCUGUUAUCAGUCGACAACCUCAGUAUGCGAUCGGCCUCAAUACUUUCGUUUGUUCUGACAAUUUGCAGUAAGUCUCUACUGUGGCGUAUUAUUUUCCUUGAAACUUUGAAUUAGCGCAUUCCGAUCCAAUUACAACUAAACAUAAAUGUUUUUUACUAGGCUUAUAAGAAGAAAUAGAGUACGACGCAGUAUAGAAGGUCAACAGUGACAUUGGCGUCACAAGAUAUUUUUGUUUUAUGACAGUUAUUUUACUAACUCCAAAUAAAAGCGUUAUACAUACAAGCACACAACCAUCUAGGUUGAUUUCUGUAUCUGGGAUCAUUUUUAAUAAAAUGAAUCUCAAACAAAACACACCGAUCGGCCAGAGCUUAUUUACAUAAUUAUAUUAGCCAUCCAUUCAGGCAUUCUAGCAACCUUCAGAGAGUGUAUGCAAAACCAAAAAAUGUCAUUGAAAUCACAUGAUGCAACUUAUUUAUCACAUAAGACCACUUAUAAAACAAACGUUUAUUUAUGUUAUGUAUGAUAAUUCACGUUUUCAGGCAUCUCAUCUAUCCAUGCAAGACCAGGUAGGUUUAUAUAUUGUCCAUAUUUAAUUUCUUGAUACGCAUGUAUGCAACUAUAUAAAACACGUUAGCUGCAGGAAUGUGUGUAUAUGCAGUGAGUUGCGGUUAAAGGAUAAGGCCAGGAUGGCUUGGGCAAUUUUACGAUGCGUCUUUCGUAUUUCAUAGUCAUUUGCACUAUAUAAAAUAUUUCUAACCAAAAUGAAUAUCUGCCCUAUCAAAUUUUUGUGGUGUUUGAUGCGCAAAAUGAAAGAAAAAUUUGCAAGACAAAGCUUUAUAGGAUCACUCCGAAAGUAGGUGAAUAUGUAAGCCGUAGGUUAUCCGUUACAUAGGAUUAAGUGCGUAGUAAUCACGAGCAGCCACCAGACAGUCGACAAGACACGAGUGUUGGAAGACUUAUCAUCGUGACAGCGCGGGUACUGUUUAAAGUCCUGGAAUGCGUGUUUCAGGGAUUCUCUCCUGCUGCAUUACGUAACCGGCAGCGAGUGCACCCAUCGGCGCAUCACUCGGCCCUUCCCGCACGUCCUCUUUGAUUGAAACUCUACUUGCCGACCAUUCUAGUUUGCUCAAAAUAUCACCUAAGGAUAUUUUCAAGUCCAUAGAUCUUCAACAAUAUAGGAAAAUAUUUGGACUUCUAAGCAGAACAAGUGCGCGACAUCAGUGGUUUCGUCCCAAUUUUUGCAAAGAUGUUUUUUCCCUAAUAAACAUUUUUAUUAAAUACAUGUCUUACUCAUCUGCCACUGCGUGAUUGAUAUUUAUAUUUUUUCAAUUAACAGUUUCAUCGACUGCUUCGACUGACGCCGGUCCAACUACUACCACGUCUCCUGGUGAGAGUUAAAAGUUCUCGAAAUUACAUUGGACUGGCAAUUUUAUGCGGUUUUAAUGUUGUCGACAUUCAUUGCUUCAUUUUAUGGGCGUCAUAUAAUAUUUUGUGAUGACAUUAAGGAGUUUACAUUUUUGCUUACGCGGACGGCAUGCAGCAUGAAAACUCUGGACCCUAAUUAAAAAUGCAAUGGCGGGUUGAGUUUGGGAUAAAUUGAUAAUUAAAAGACGUUUUUAAAUUCAGAGUACAGUAAAUGGACUAACUCAAGAAAUAUAGACUAAAAUUCCGAAAUGAUUUUUUGUUCGAAAAAGACUUAGUAUGUUUGUAAAACUUACCAACCUGCAGCUUUAUUCUAUAAUAGUUUGUUUGAUGCAGGAUGUGGGCGUACAAACGAACUUCUUUUCGGCUGCAGGCAAAAACCGUAAUCUGUGAAAAAUGACCACUUAUGUAGCAUAUAUUUUUGCAUUGAUUUUAAUACCUUUAACAAUUCAAUCAUAUGUCAUGGAUGGAAUGCCUAAAACUAUUCAUUAUUUACUCAUUCGCCAGAUAAUUACGUUUUUCAAGUUUAUGCGCAAAGAAAGGGUAUAAUUUGGCUUUCAAAAGCCUCUCCAAUUUCCGGAUAAUUUCGAACCCAACUGCCGUUACACUUGCUUUCCGGGUUUUGAAACUAUAAGCCGUAUAUCUUUGCAUAAGGAAAAUCUUACAUUUCUCUACUGCAUAAAGAGUGAAUCUUAUGUGUUUCAUGAAAUUUAGCAGCAAAUUUGAGUCACAUGGUAAACUAUAUAAGCCACAUUAGCAGUGCCUAGACAUGGCAAUUUUGAAAGGCCAUGUUUCCCUAUUAACCAUUUGACAAUUAGAAACGUUUUAAAAACCUAAUUAUAACUUUUCUUCGGGAAUAAAAUUGGCAGAGGACGCAAUUUUCUACCAAAAUAGCAAUAAAAUGAAUAUUUGUAUGCAUCUAUUCCAUGAAAUAUAAUUGAAUCUUUAAGGGAAUCGAGAAUCAAUAAAACAAAAGCAUGUUAAAUAUGUGGUCAUUUUUCACAGAGUAAGUAUUUCAUGUACAUACGAAAAGAAGUUUAUUCGAUAGCCGGCAUUCUAAUGUAUGUAAACUAUUAUAUAAAUUUUCUGCAUACUGAUUAGUUAUACAACCCUGUUUUAUCAUUCUUUUUGAAACUAAAAACCACUUAGGAAUUUCUGCGGACAUUUCAUGAGUUAGCCCGCAUACUGUAGCCCUUACUAAGCAAGAAAUUCAAACAAAACAGAGUCGGCCACCCAAUGCGCACAAGACGUAAUAGAAUAUUGGGGUAUUCUAUGGAUCAAAUUUAAUUUUACAAUGUCAUAAAAAAUCUAUUGACGUUUUGCAUACUAUAUUGUAUGUGCUUACUCAUGAAAUGUUGAUCGAAAUCCCGAAAUGUGUUUUCGACUCAAAAAGAUUCUUAACUAGGGUUACAUUAAUAAUAACCACGCAGUAUAAUCCAAAAAUAUUCCCUUUAAAUUGGGAUUUCGACUUCUGAGCAAACGUGUUUCGGCUGCCUCCAGAAACUACACUCUGUAAAAAUGACUAGUUAUGUAGUAUAACCUUUUCUUAUUGAUUUUCGAUGUUCUCAUAAAUUUGAUUAUAUUUCAUAGAUGACCUACAUACAAACGUUCAUUCUUCUAUUCCUUAACGACGUUCCCUUUAACCUUCAUUAUAGCUCUAAUUUUUAUACUAUCCAUUUUUGUUUGUGCCAGAUAAUCAUUUAAACAUUUUCAUAAUCCAAUAAGUGCGACCGAAAUCUGCGAAAAAUGUUGGACGUGUAAACCCACAAUACGCGCAACAUCAAUUUUCUAUUACAUAUUUGAUGCAAAAAGUCUUAUUAUUAGUAAACACUUUCUAUUAUGCUCAUGUCAUAGGCGUGUGUUGUUAAUCUAUUUCUGUCCUUGUAGGUAAAGCAACAGGCUUACCAACUUCUACGUCUGACGCCAGUCCAACUACUUCUAAGGCUCCGGGUGAGAGUUGAAAUAUGUUCGAUUUUGCACAACACUGACAGUCUUACAGGGUUGGCCGUCUUCGAUUUCGGCAAAAGCGGUUCAUUUCGAUUCGUUCUUUUACAUAUUUUAUUUGGUAAAUAACUACGAUAGGACUGCUGAACAGACAUCAAUAGUUAGGACAUGCUAAUAGCCAGCUGGGUCAUGUUAUGUAUCCAGUCGACUCAGCGAGAGAAUUUCUUCAAAUCCCCAGUUGCCGUGACAAACCAUACCAACUAGCAAAAUGCGUAAUAAAUCCUUUUGAGACAGGAAAUCGAAAUCCCCGAAACCUGUGCCCACGAGCAUGUAGACCUAGUUGUUUGGACGGGUGCUGUAAGUUGAAAAAAGUAGAAACCGUUGAAACAUCAGACUGACAAAGCAACACACGGAAACAUUUGGACGUGUAAACCCUACCAGUGCGCAACAUCAAUUUUCUAUUAUAAAUUUUGCACAAAAAAGUCAGAUUAUUAAAUUUUUUUAUUAUGUUCAUGCCUUACUCAUCUGCCACUGUUUGAAUCCUGUUCUCACUAUUAAAGCAACAGCUUUACUGACCACUGCGGCUGACGUCAGUACAUCCACUUCGAAGGCUCCUGGUGAGAAUUUAAAUUACUUUCAAAUUUUCACUCGUCUGGCUUGUUCUGCCCGACAUGCGCUAUUUGGUGAAUGACUGCGAAUAGGGCUGUUUAACAGAUUUUGAUAGAUUGAACGGGGCACUAGCAAAUGCACUCAUUGUCUUUAUUUGGUCACCUUAGUAAAGGCAUUUGCUAAGAUGUCCAGGUGUUUCGACCAGAGAAACCAGUUAUCCCAAUGCGUAAAAUUUCCCAUUUAUAAAUUAAAGCAAAACUCAUAAUGCAUGCAUAAGGGAGCACUAAAGGUUUGAAUUUGUAAAGGUGCAUGUGGGUUAAAGAGGAAGAACCCGUCGGAGGCCCGUCUGACAAUGCACCUACUUUUUGGGUCAAUCUGGUUAACUUGUAGACUGAAAUUAGUGUUAAUAAGGUUUCGCGGCAUGGAUUGAUAUGUUUUACGUUUGAUAGUGCUCGACUCACGGUGGUUUACUGGAUUUCUGUCAGAUAGUAGCUCCUGAAAUUUAUAUAAGAAGCGCUGGAUUGAAUUCGAAAUCGCAUGUAAGGCUGACCGAUCUUCUUGUGAAUACUGAACUGUUUGCUCAAACCUACAGUUCUGUCAACGCACGCAAAUGGAACACAUAAAGCUAACUGGACAAAAGGAGAUGAGUUUAGAAAUGGCCUAAACGACAUUAAAUAAUUACUGCAUGAUGAAGUAGGAAUUAUGCUUUUGAACUUCUUACUAAGCCAUCAGUGUGUGACUCGCAUUAGCGAGAUUAUUUUAUCAAAUAUAUUUUUGUAGUAUUAUCAUAGCAUCCGUUAGACAAUCCCAUGUUCAAAUGUAUGAAGAUGCAUACUAUAUUCCAGAAGGACAUUGUUGACGGUGAUGCGUCAUGCGUUCAUUGGGUUAGGUUGCUGAAGAAGUACUCAGUUGUACGUUAACCAUUAGCCACUGAAUUUAUUUCCAAAUCGCAAUAGAGGUGAUCUUAUUUGCCGCAAACUUUCCAAUAUGCUCGUACUUACUAAAUCCAUGGUGGAGAAAGAGAGAAGUAUGGGUCAAGCAUUUUGAUAGGCGUGAUUUGAAUUCUAGGGCUUUUUGAAUUUCAUAGUCUUUUCAUGAUAUUACUCUUCCCUAAACUAGAAAGUAAUGAUGCUUUUGAUUUUAUUUGGAGACAAAUACACAAACGCUAAGCGAACCAUUACGGGCAAAGCUUUAUAGGCUCGCUCUGAAAGUAUGUGAAUAUGUAAGCCGAACGUCAUUAGUUUCAAAAACGUAAUUGAGCAGUAUUCUCAGGUUACCAACAAACAUUCAGUAGGACACAAGCACUGAGGAGAUUUACGUCGGCACUGUUACUGGUUUUACACCAAUAUGCGGAAAAUUUCAGACAUCUAAGUAAAAUAAGUGUGAAAUAUAUGUUUUCCAUUACUUAUUGCACAGGAAGAAUAUUAUUGCUAAUUAACAUUUCCAUUAUGUUCACAUUCUAUAAAUCUGCUACUGAUUUAUUCGCAUUUUUUGAUUUCGCAGCUACAUCGGCUUCUACGACCGACGUCUCUCUGACUACCACUAAUUCGCCUGGUGAGUCGAAAUAUGAUUGAAUUUACCCUUCGUCUGACGGUCCUAUAAGAGUGGCCAUCUUCGGUUUCCUCAGAGAAAGUACAUUUUAGCUUGUUCUGGAAGUACUACUUAUUAAGUCUAGAAUAAGUUAUAAGACUGCUUAAGAGACUUCGAACGUUUAAACUGGCCAAUGGCUGGUGUGCUCAUGAUUUGUAUCUAGGCACCUGAGCAACGGCAUUUAUUAGAGGCUCAAGUUGCCUCGACAAAACAUCCCAAUUACCGCAGUGCGCAAAGCGCCGUCUUCAAGAAACAAAGGCGGAAUUCGUAUCGCAGGUGUCGACGGACAAUGGAUGUUUGAUUUUGGGAAAGUACGCUAUAGAUGAGAAGAUAAGAAAUAUUUGGAACGUCAGCCUGAUGGAUUAACUACUUCAUAGGCGGAUCCGGAUACCCCAUAAAAGACGAUUCUUGCUAACAAGCUUCUGCAGUGAUGAUUGAUAUCAUUUACGCUGGCUUUUAUUCAGGCAACGGUGUUUUUUCUGGGCAGUUCUCGGAUUUAAUCUCUUGAUAUUCAUUAAUAUGUGUUGGAUUUAACACCGGGUUGCAUAUAAGGCUAAUUUUAUUUACCGCAAAUAUAUCAUUUUUCCCAAAUCUACAGUUCCUUCGACGUACACAAAUGAAACGCAGAAAACCAAUUCAACAGAACAAGGUCCGUUUUAAAACGAUUUAAACGACCUCCCUUAACGACUGCAUGACGAUACAAGAAAAAUUGUCUGAAGCCUAUUCCUAAGUAAUCAAUGCUUAGUUUAGAAUAACAGCAUUCAUUUACGAUGUAAGUUUUUGGAAUAAUAUCAUAGCGUCCAUUAGACAGUCAUGAUGUAUACUGAGUUUUAGUAUAAUGGAAAUAUUGCUGAUGGACGAUAACUGAAUGAAUAAGCAUGCGGGCGUCCCUGGCCUGCCUAUAUAAAUAAACACAUUGAAAAUAUAAACGCUUUCCUCUUGAGAACAAGAGUCACAUGAAAGUUGUGGAUUUCUACUUAGUUAGUAUAAGGGGUAAAUUGUCUACGAAUGUUUUGUAGCUUGCAUGGUUGCAUUUACAUAAGCAGCAGAUCUGACGGUAAGUAUGGACUCAAGUGAAUGAGUGAUUUGGCUUGAGUGUCCUUUUCAUGCUUUCCAGGAAAGAGUUAAAACAAAGUGUAGCGUGUUGCCGCUUGUGCGCUGACUUCUGUGUGUUAGAUAUCCAUUACAUCAAAGGCAUGGUCUAAUGAUUAUUUCUAUUUGAUUGCGUGAUAUGAGUUAACGGACGAUGUGUUCUGGAUUAGGAAUCAUGAAUUAGUGCUAACUGGGCAAAUAUUAGUACUCACGUGGGUAACUCUGCAAGCUAGUACAAUGGAAGAACACACUGCGUGCCAGUAUCAAAAUUUCGCUUUAACUUGAAACUGUCACAACGUUAUACCAAGCUAGACCUUACUUAGGGGCCAAGUCCGCUGAAGUGCUUUGCCUCAACCGUUAUUGUCUUCGAAAAAUAUUGUCAUAAUCACAUUUUAUUUAUCGUUAUUGUCAUACAAGCUUUAACUUUUAGGCUGUGCCAUCAACAAUGAUACCCAGGCCAGUAACAAUGAGGUAACGUUGUACACCGUACAGGCUAUUUUUGCGUUUUAUGCGGACAUCGUUUUAGCACUAACUGGAAAAAAAAACAUCUGA